AUGACCGGCUGUCGAGCGGCGGCUGCUGGCGCUGCUGGACUUCUCCUCCUGGUGGUCUUAGCCGUGGCUCAUACCGAGAUUAGACCGAAAACAGAUCCGUUGUGCAUCGCAGCCAGAUGCCAAGAUUCCGAGGUUUGUGUGGUGAAAAAUGGUGAACCGCAAUGCAUUUCAAAACAAAAACUAAUAAAGUUGGCAAAGAAGCAUGGACUCCACCAUGGCAAUAAGCACCAUCCUGUGCAACCCCAUCAAAAACACCAGAAACACGAGGAACACGCGCAACACGACCGUCUUGGACACCAUAGAUGUACUCAUGAGGAGCUGAUCUCGAUGGGUGGCCGUCUAUUGCAAUGGUUCACCGAUAUGCAUCGUAUGCACUCCGGACGUGAGAAAACCUUGCCAGGCGAAACAAGGAAUAAAAGAGGUUACGAUAUGCACAAUAUAGGCAAAACAUAG